UUGUUGAUUUAUACUUACGCCAGCAAUGGGAAGACAGUCGACUUGUAUAUGAGGUCGACGAUCGAGAUGGGAUUGAAGAGGUGGUCGUGCCACAAAAUAGGCGUAUUUGGAUACCUGAUACGUAUUUCUCAAAUGGUCACGAUGUAAAUCAUGAAAAACGUCAUCGGACGGUUGUCGAACCUUCUGGAUAUGUUCGAUCUUCCGAAAUGCGGACAGUGACAGUACCAGUGGAAUAUAGCUCAAAAUAUCCGUUUGAAAAUACUCGAAUGAUUAAAUUACGAUUAUCAAGUUAUAAAUAUCCAAUUGAAGAUAUUGUCUAUUUAUGGGCAAAUUCACCGCCAACUGUGAUUCCGGUUGAAGUAUCGCAGGAAUUGUUAAACGGUUUUUAUGAAUUUAAAGAAGCAAUAGCUGAAGAUUGCGCUGGAAAUUAUACAAUUGGUAUAUUUUCCUGUAUCGAUGUUCUCAUAACAUUCACUGGUGCUUCAUCCGAAGCAUUUUCACGUAUUUUUAUCCCAUCAAUAGUUUUGAUAUUAGCAUCAUGGCUUCAUUUUUGGGUUCAUGGUUCAUGGUCAGUUCCACGAACAAUUAGCGCCGCAGUGCCAUUCUUCAUUUUUGCUUCUAUUUUAGUUAGUUUUAAUUGA